UUUUUUAUUUUGUUCUUUGUUUCAUAACAGGUGUACAAGGAAGGUUAAGCUCGGAUUGUAGCUGCUUGCCGUACCAGUUCUCCUGCCCUCGCUUGACGGAGGAUGCGGAGUGUAUGUGUAUCCCUCUUAAAUGGAGAUGCGAUCAAGAUGAUGAUUGUGGUGACAAUGGAGAUGAGAUAGAUUGUGAACGUCCCACGUGUAAGGAGUAUGAGUUCAGCUGUGGUACUGGCUUGUGUAUCCCAUCAGACUGGGUCUGUGACGGAGACUUUGACUGUAAAGAUAAUUCAGAUGAAGCAGAAUGCUCACGUGUAGAAUGUGAAGGGGAGGACCUGUUUAGGUGUAAUAAUGAUCACUGCAUCAGAAGUGCAUUUGUUUGUGAUGGUGAUAAUGAUUGCAAGGAUGGAUCAGAUGAAACGUGCAUGACGGUGUGUAACGAGGGUGAGUUUACCUGUGACGGAGGUGGCUGCAUCGAUGAGGCAUGGAAGUGUGACGGCGAUAGAGACUGCAGCGAUGGCUCUGAUGAAAAGAACUGCUCCCACCAUGACACAGGAGACUGCACGCAAGGUCAAUUCACGUGCAACACAGGCCAGUGUAUUCUAAUGCAUUACAUGUGUGAUGGAGAGAGAGACUGCGAUGAUAAUAGUGAUGAAGAUCAUUGUGCUAACAUUACGUGCAGAGAUAAUGAGUUCCUGUGCGCUAAUAACGUAUGCAUCACAGCGCAAUGGUACUGUGACGGUGACUAUGACUGUGAAGACCAGUCCGAUGAGCAGAAUUGUCCGGUAACGACGUGUCUGUCCAAUCAGUUCCAAUGUGCUUCAGGGCGGUGUAUUACAGCAGCCUGGGAGUGUGACGGAGAGAAUGAUUGUGGAGAUAAUAGCGAUGAAGAAUCUUGUAGACCAACCCUAUGCAACGUAAACCAAUUCAAGUGCAAUAAUAAUCGCUGUGUAGGGAACAGGAAAGUUUGUAAUGGUCGAGACGAUUGUGGUGACGGUAGUGAUGAGUUAAUCGAACCAGAUGGACCAUGCAAUAUUAUCGAUCCCUUCUCAUCUUGUGGUUCCGAUAAUGGAGGUUGUGAACACACCUGUACAGAUGUCAGUUCAGGUGUUCGCUGCUCCUGCCGAGAGGGAUAUACAUUGGAUAUCAAUGGAAAGACUUGUCGAGACAUCAAUGAGUGUCUUGUGGAAGGCAUUUGCAGCCAGGUUUGCACCAAUACUAGGGGAUCCUUCCUCUGCUCCUGCGUGGAGGGUUACGAACUCCGGCUCGACGGCAAGACCUGCAAGGCCCAGGGUCCAGAACCCUACCUCCUCUUCGCGAACCGCAUAGACAUCCGGCGGCUGGAGCCUCUGCAUUCCAGCUACACCCCGAUCCUGAGAGGGCUGGAGAACGCCAUCGCCCUUGAUUACCAUAUCGAGCAGCAGCUGGUGUUUUGGUCGGAUGUGAGCUUGGAUAGCAUCAAGAGGGCGUACCUCAAUGGCACGGACGUCAUGGAUGUCGUUUCCACGGGAUUAGAGAGUCCAGGUGGAGUGGCAGUUGACUGGAUAGGUAAUAAACUAUUCUGGAGUGAUUCAGGAACGUCCAAGAUUGAGGUGUCACAUCUUGAUGGUUCUUCUCGCUCUGUUCUUAUCUGGGAAGGUCUGGAGAAACCAAGAGCCCUGGCUUUACAUCCUGUCAAAGGCAUGAUUUACUGGACAGACUGGGGCAGUCUGCCAAAGAUUGAGAGAGCCAACAUGGACGGUUCCGGGAGACAGGUCAUCGCCGAUACAACGCUCUUCUGGCCCAACGGUCUUACUUUGGACUACGCAACCGAGAAACUGUUUUGGGCGGACGCCAAGCAUCACUCUAUUGAGAGUGCUAACCUUGAUGGGAGCGGGAGAAAGAUCGUUAUUAAUCAAGGACUUCCACACCCAUUUGCCAUCACCCUGUUUGAGGAUUAUAUUUACUGGACAGACUGGCAUACUAAGAGUAUCAACACAGCUAACAAGUUCACCGGGACGGAUCUGACCAUCAUACAAGGGCAGCUACAUUUCCCUAUGGAUAUACAUACCUUCCACCCGCAGAGGCAACCUAAUGGGAGUAAUCUCUGUCUGAUGUCUUCGUGUAGUCAUCUAUGUCUGCAGAGAGGAACGGUAGAUAUCACAUGUGGCUGCCCUACCGGUUUCAAACUCAUCAACAGGACUCACUGUGCUGAGACUAUUGACAGCUACCUCCUGUUCAGUAGAGAAACUGACAUCAGACGGAUCUCCUUCGAUACCGACGAUGGCUCCGAUGUCGUGUUGCCCCUGUCUGGUCUCAAACAAGCGGUGGCGCUAGACUGGGAUGAUGUUGAGGGAGGGUUUGUCUACUGGGGUGACGUGAGCACCAACAAGAUCAACCGCGCUCGUUGGAAUGGAUCAGACCAGGAAGUGAUCCUAUCCAACAACAUGGACAGUCCUGCUGGCUUGGCCAUAGAUUGGAUCACCAGUAAAAUCUACUGGACUGAAGCCACUAAUAACCGCAUUGAGGUGGCUAACGUCGAUGGUUCUAUGAGAUCGGUCUUGAUCUGGGAGGACCUGGACAGGCCAAGGGAUAUCAUCGUUGACCCAAUCUCAAGCUUGAUGUAUUGGACCGAUUGGGGAUCCGACCCCAAGAUUGAGCGCUCCAGUAUGGACGGGUCUGAACGGCGGGUCCUGGUCUCCUACGGGCUGUUCUGGCCUAAUGGGUUGGUCCUGGACCGGGAUGAACAGAGGUUGUACUGGGCUGAUGCUGGGACCAAGAGAAUCGAGUUUACCAGUCUAGAUGGAAGCUAUAGAGAGAUUCUUAUCAGUCUGAAUGUCCCUCACCCAUUUGGCUUGGCCAUUCACAAUGACCAAAUCUACUGGACGGAUUGGGAGACAAAGAGUGUUGAAAGAGCCAAUAAGAUGACUGGUCUGAAUAGGGAAACUGUCAGAGCCGGACUGGAGGACUUGAUGGAUAUCAAAGUAUUUCAUCACAAUCGACCAACAAGAACCGGUCCAUGUGACGUCAACAACGGUGGGUGCAGCCAUCUUUGCCUUCUCUCUUCAUCACCAGAGGGGUUCACCUGUGCCUGCCCUACCGGUAUCAUGCUUGGCGAUGAUGGCUUCACCUGUAACCAAGAUCUUGAUAAGUUCUUGGUAUUUGCUCAUAAGACCGAUGUCCGAAUAGUCUCCCUUGAAACUCAGUAUGCUGUUGAUGUGGUUUCACCGAUUGACGAAAUUACAAACGCAGUAGCAGUUGAUGUUGACACAGUCCAACGCAAGCUGUACUGGGCAGAUAAGGUCACCCACACAAUCAUGCGAUCAAGCUUGAAUGGCUCGGACGUUGAAACGGUCCUGGACACCUGCUUGGACACGGUGGAAGGUAUCACCGUGGAUAGCGGCGGUCAGAAACUUUACUGGACAGACGCAGGCAGGAAGAGGAUAGAGGUAGCUGAUGUGAACGGAUCAAACAGGAAAGUCUUGGUGUGGAGGGACCUGGAAGAACCACGAGGGAUUGCUCUGCAUACUAAGAGAAGAUUAAUGUUCUGGUCAGAUUGGGGAUCACGACCUCGCAUUGAACGGUCCGCCAUGGAUGGCACUAGAAGACAAGCAAUCGUCACUUCCAACUUAGAAUGGCCCAAUGGAGUCUGCGUCGAUCAGACUAUUGAUAGGAUAUUCUGGGUUGAUGCCAGGACUGAGCGUGUGGAAUCCUGCGCUCUGGACGGCAGCUCACGGAGGCUCCUCGUCUACGAUGGCGUCAGUCACCCGUACGGUCUCACCGUCCUGGACGACUAUAUCUACUGGACAGACUGGGAUACCGGUGCUAUUCAUCGAGCCGAAAAGCAGGAUGGGGGCGGGGCCAUCGACAUCUUGGGAAACUUUGAUAGUUUGAUGGACAUCAAAGCUGUCAAUAUGCAGGACAAAGGGGAGAACGUUUGUGGGUCUGAUAACGGUGGAUGCAGUCAUCUCUGUCUACCAAACCCUCAGGGUUACUCGUGUGCCUGUCCAACUGGUAUCAUCAUAAACCAAGACAACAGGACGUGUCCUGAUGUCCCCUCCACGUUCCUCCUGUUUGCCAACAGUCGCAGCAUCCGACGUAUCUCCAUGGACACACCCGACCACACCGACGUUUCCCUUCCGUUUGAGAAUCUUGGCAAUGCUGUAGCUUUGGACUUUGAUAGCAUCGACAGGAAGAUCUACUUCACCGACGUCCUCUCAGAUAUUAUUGGCCGAGCUGAUUACGACGGUCGGAACAUGGAGGUGAUUGUUUCCGAAGGCCUGGAGACCACCGAUGGCAUCGCUGUGGAUUGGAUUGGUAGGAACAUGUUCUGGACCGAUGCAGGUUAUAAUCACAUUGCAGUGGCCAGACUGGAUGGUAGCUCUCGUAAGGUAGUGGUGUCAUCUGGUCUUCAUGAACCAAGGGCUAUAGCUCUCUUUCCUUCUAGUGGGUAUAUGUUUUGGAGUGACUGGGGAAACCAUCCGAAGAUAGAGAGGGCGCACUUCGAUGGCACCGGACGACGCACCCUGAUAAACACGGAUCUUGGCUGGCCAAACGGUCUUACCAUCGACUACGCCAUGCGCAGGCUCUACUGGGUGGACGCCUAUCUGGAUAAGAUCGAGACAGCAGACUUUAGCGGGAAGUUUAGAGUCGUUUUGACCAGCAAUGUGACUACCCAUUCCUUUGGUUUGACCAUGUUUGGAUCACGUCUUUUCUGGACCGACUGGCAGACCAAUACAAUUGAGACUGUGGAGAAGACUACAGGCAGAGAUGUGGUCACAUUCCAGAACAAUCUUGAUUCCCUAAUGCACAUCCAAAUGGUCUCUCCUCUCAGGCAGACUGGUACAAACCCAUGUGGGGUGGAUAACGGUGGCUGUAGUCAUCUUUGUCUAGCCAGACCCCAGGGCUAUGUGUGUGCUUGCCCUGAUGAACCAGAUGGAAGGACAUGUUCACUGACACCUGGAGCCAUUGAUGUCAACGAGACUCCCAAACCAUCGCCCAGUAGUACUACCACCAAGCAUCAACCUGGCCCCGUCAUCACCCAGCCACCCAGGCCAGGGGGUACUGACAAGCCCCCCAAAGGACCGGUAGAGAUCACCCUUGAUCCUGGUAAUGGUGACCCGUGGAAGAUCCUCACUACUGUUAAACCUACGAAGACCAAUCUUCUUGGUGCUCCUCAUGGAUGUUCUGAAGAAGAAGAGGCGCUGGGACUUUGUGACAACGGGGUCCAGGCUUCGAAUAAGAAUGGUUAUCGUAUUUUGUAUACCUACAUCGUAGUGGGUGUUUUAGCUUUUCUCAUCGUUGCUGUGUUACUCAUGCUGGUCAUAUUGUGGAGGAGAAGCAGGAGAAGAAGGCGGCGAUGUCGUCUCGACAGUCGCAGCAAUUUCUACAAUCCUCGUUACAAUCACAUGACCAAUGAGGUUAUGAUUGAACCACGGAUUACGAGGGCGUGGAUAUCAUACUCUACACCAGUGAGCAGGGAGCAUUCGCAUAGCUCCAGUGGUAGCCUUCCCAACAAAGUGAAUAACGAGGAGCUUGACAAAAUGCUGCCCCCUCCUGUACCGUUUGGAGCAAUGUCCUCCUGCCAGGUACCAUGUGCGGUGCCGUACGGUGCCGCCGCACCAUAUGGUGCCACUGCACCGUGCUACUACGACCCAAGGCCAUGUGAGAGACCGAAAAAUGUGAACCUCGACUCGUGCGGCAGCGGCGCAUUCUCGUCUUUUCGGGACUUUAAAAUAACGGAGAAUAAACUACAGAAAUUCACAGACAAUAAUUGUGAAUAGCAAGUCGUCAGUAUGUGUGUGUACAUAUUUAUAGAUUAAGCUGCAUUUUGUAUGGACGACAUCAGAACUAUGAAAGACAGCUUUUAUAUAAACUUUUUUUGUGCAGUAUUCGAGGAGACUUUCCUCUUUAUCUUAUUGGAGAAUUUAACAAGGGCAACUCAGCUCUCUAUCUUGACUCUCUUUCAAUGCGCCUUGAACAUUGUGACUAAUGUUUAGAUUUGAUCGCAUUCUAAUGCCUGAUAGGUGAUGAUCUACUUCUCAGUUCUCCUGGAGCAGCUGGAUUCGGGCUGCAAACAGGUCUCCAAGAGUCCAAAACAUACCCAUCGACACCUGUAGACAACCCUUGGAUU